AUCACAAGACAAACUAAACUUCGGUGCCAAAAUGUUGCAGAGAGUUAUUAGUUUGACAGUCAGGGAUGUGAGAUUCCAGACGUCUUUGGAGCAGCACGGCUCAGAUGCGAUGCACACUGACCCGGAUUAUUCAGCCGCAUAUGUGGUUAUCGACACGGACUGCGGCCUGAAAGGCUUCGGCCUCACAUUUACUUUAGGAAAAGGCACCGAGAUUGUGGUGCGUGCUGUGGACGCCCUGGCAGGACUGGUUGUUGGGAAAUCCUUGCAGGAGAUUGUGAGCGACUUCCGUGGGUUUUACCGCCUCCUGACCAGCGAUGGUCAGAUGAGAUGGUUGGGACCGGAGAAAGGAGUGAUCCACCUGGCCACUGCUGCGGUUCUGAAUGCAGUGUGGGACCUGUGGGCGAGGGCGGAGGACAAGCCACUGUGGAAGCUGCUCGUUGACAUGGAUCCCAAGCAGAUUGUCUCGUGCAUCGACUUCAGAUACAUCACUGAUGCGCUUACGGAGGAGGAGGCUGUAGACAUACUUGUGAACGCACAGGAGGGCAAGAAGCGGAGAGAGGAUCAGAUGCUGAAAGAGGGUUAUCCUGCUUACACCACCUCCUGUGCUUGGCUUGGAUACCCGGACCAGCAGCUCAAACAGCUCUGCACGGACGCACUCGAAGGCGGCUGGACCAAGUUUAAGGUGAAAGUCGGCGCUGAUCUAGAGGACGACAUUCGCAGGUGUCGACUCAUCAGGCAAAUGAUUGGACCAAAUAACACGUUGAUGAUCGAUGCCAACCAGAGAUGGGACGUAGGCGAGGCCAUCAGCUGGGUGUCCCGCCUCUCGGAGUUCAAACCUCUUUGGAUCGAGGAGCCAACGUCUCCAGAUGACAUCCUGGGUCACGCUGCUAUCUCCAAGGCUUUGGCUCCACUCGGGAUUGGAGUGGCAACAGGAGAGCAGUGUGCUAACAGGGUGAUGUUUAAGCAGUUCCUCCAGGCCUCAGCGCUGCAGUUUGUCCAAAUAGACAGCUGUCGGCUGGGCAGCGUCAAUGAAAACCUGGCUGUGCUGCUGAUGGCCCACAAAUUCAACGUGCCAGUUUGUCCUCAUGCCGGAGGAGUCGGCCUCUGUGAGCUCGUCCAGCAUCUGAUUCUGUUCGACUACAUCUGUGUGUCUGCAAGUCUCAGCGAUCGGAUGUGUGAAUACGUGGACCACCUCCACGAACACUUCGUGAAUCCUGUGGUGAUUCAGGACGCCCACUACAUGCCCCCAAAGGAUCCAGGCUACUCUUGUGAGAUGCUGGAGUCAUCAGUGCAGAGACACCAGUACCCUGAAGGAGAGGCAUGGAAAGCUGCACAUGAACAAAUGACGAAGGCUUAGUAACUCAUCUAAGUUACAGUAACCCAGCUGGAAUCUUUUUUAACUGCAUAAUUUCAAUUUUACACUUGCAGCGCACUAUUGAACUGCUACUAGUUUCCUGAAGCAUGUCAAUGAAAAGUAUGCACAACAAAAGCAUAACAAAUGUAACUUUUUAUUUAUAGAAAUAGAUCCUUUAUUUUAAAAUACACCAGAUGAAAAACAUUUCAGAGGCAUCCAGAACACCAGCAGUUCUACUAUAGAAAAUUGUGGAAAAGUGUAGAUUUGUUUUUCACACCAGUAAAAAAUUUAAAGGUUUGAUGAUCUUGGUAAUAAAAGAGAAAGUCGAACAGAUACUAUAAAUAAAGAACAAUGUGAUAAA